AUGAACUCUGCCAUCACCAGCUGUGAGCACCCCGAGCCCUUGAAGGGUGAUGGUGUAUUCAACUCCCAUGAAGGUGGCCAAGGCAGGAAGAAGGAUGGCCAGCCUAGGGGUCUCAGCAGUAACCUGGCUUAUAGCAUCCUGGAUAUCCCACCAUGGUAUCUCUGUAUCUUCUUGGGAGUGCAGCACUUCCUCACAGCCCUGGGGGGACUCGUGGCAAUUCCACUCAUCCUGGCCAAGGACCUGUGUUUGCAGCAUGACCCCCUGACCCAGAGCUACCUCAUCAGCACCAUUUUCUUCGUCUCUGGCAUUUGCACUCUCCUGCAAGUAGUUUUAGGAGUCAGGCUGCCCAUUCUCCAGGGAGGAACAUUUGCUUUUCUGGCACCCUCCCUGGCCAUGCUGUCCCUUCCCACCUGGAAGUGCCCCAUGUGGACACUCAAUGCCAGCCUGGUGAACACCAGCUCCCCUGAAUUCACUGAGGAAUGGCAGAAGAGGAUCCGAGAGCUGCAGGGAGCCAUCAUGGUUGCUUCCUGUGUCCAGAUGCUGGUGGGCUUCUCAGGCCUCAUUGGCUUCCUCAUGCGCUUCAUCGGCCCCUUGACCAUUGCUCCGACCAUCUCCCUGGUGGCCCUGCCUCUCUUCGAUUCUGCGGGCAAUGACGCCGGGAUCCACUGGGGGAUUGCUGCCAUGACCAUCUUCCUCAUCGUGCUGUUUUCUCAGUACCUGAAAAACAUCGCGGUGCCUGUGCCUGUUUACGGAAGAGAGAAGAAGUGUCACACCUCUAAGUUCUACCUGUUUCAGGUCUUCCCUGUGUUGCUGGCGCUCUGCAUCUCGUGGCUGCUGUGCUUCGUGCUCACAGUCACCGACGCCCUCCCCUCGGCACCUGCAGCCUACGGGUACCUGGCCCGCACAGACACCAAAGGCGACGUCCUGAGCCAGGCUCCUUGGUUUCGCUUCCCUUACCCAGGGCAGUGGGGCCUCCCCACCAUCAGCCCGGCUGGGGUCUUUGGGAUCGUCGCGGGGGUGAUCUCCUCAAUGGUGGAGUCAGUAGGCGAUUAUUAUGCCUGUGCCCGCCUGGUGGGGGCACCACCCCCUCCGAAGCACGCCAUCAACCGAGGCAUCGGCAUCGAGGGCCUGGGCUGCCUGCUGGCAGGGGCCUGGGGUACGGGGAACGGCACCACCUCCUACAGCGAGAAUGUUGGCGCUCUGGGCAUCACCAGGGUAGGGAGCAGGAUGGUGAUUGUUGCGGCAGGCUGCGUGCUGCUCCUGAUGGGCAUAUUUGGGAAGAUCGGGGCUGCGUUUGCCACCAUCCCAACCCCUGUGAUCGGAGGCAUGUUCCUGGUGAUGUUUGGGGUCAUCACUGCCGUGGGGAUUUCCAAUCUUCAGUACGUGGACAUGAACUCGUCCAGAAACAUCUUUGUCUUUGGCUUCUCCAUCUACUGUGGGCUUGCUGUUCCCAACUGGGUGAACAAGAACCCGGAGAGGCUCCACACAGGGAUUCUGCAGUUGGACCAGGUCAUCCAGGUGCUGCUGACCACGGGCAUGUUUGUUGGUGGAUUUCUGGGCUUUCUACUGGACAACACCAUCCCUGGAAGCCUGGAGGAGAGAGGCCUCCUGGCGUGGAAUCAAAUCCAGAAGUCUGAGGAAACUACGAAGAUCUCGGAGGUCUACAGCCUCCCCUGGGGGAUCGGCACCAGGUUCUGCGCAUCCUCCUGCACCCGGUGCCUCCCCUUCUGGCCCAAGCUGGAACGUGGUGGGAGAGGUGAGGUGGGGGUGAGCCAGCUGACGCUCUGCUCCUGUGACCCCUCAGAAGAGCGACCCAAGGGCGCCACAGACACCAGGAUGUAAGAACGCUCCUUCUGCACAUCCCAGAGGCUUCACUAUCCCCCUACCCAAUGUGCUGAGCUCCCCACUCACGUAUGGAGGGGACCCUGCCCUCUCAAGUACCUCUGCACCCCGCACGUGGUGGCAGCCAAAUAAGUAUUAGAUUAAGACCAUGACAAGCAUGCUUUGACCCAGUCACUUAGCCAGCGAGGUCUGGCCUCAAGCUGCUUCCUUCCACCAUGCUCCAGCCCUCCCAUCUCCAGUGUAAACCAGUCCUCCUGGCAGUAUUUUGAUGCAUCGGGAGGAAGAGGCUUUGGGUGGGGCAGGCGACAGAGAUGGGGUUGUUUGCUGAAAGGUGACGGGAACAGUUCUCUUCCUCCCCAAAGAGGCUGGAGGCCCUGCCAGCACCCCCCCAGGCCCUUCUCUUCCAGACGCUGCUUCUUCCAGGCCUCUCCCCUGCAGGUCCCUCCCCGCCAGGCCCCUGCCAUUUGUGAACACCGAAGGGCCAGCAAAGCUACAAUCCCUGCACAGCCCCAGCGCCAGUCCUUGGGGUCAGACUGUGUAUCACAGGACGGUAUAGUGAGGCUGUAGGCCCUGGCGCUGUGGAGUCAGGACCAGGUUUGGAUCCUAAGACUUAACCUGCAUGUCAGGUUCUCACAGGGACAUGAAACA